CUACUACUUCCGCUUUCACGACGCUUCCUUCGCUUUGCGGCAGCCGCGGCGGGUCCCAGCUAUGGACGCGUUGGAGGGUCUGUUCGGUAGUGAUGCCGAGUCUGAGCCCGAGCCCGAGCAGAAAGCGGACGAUUCAGAUUCUGGGUCCGGCUCUGAUUCAGAACCAAGGAACGUUGGCUCGGUUAGUAAUCAUUCUGGAAGUGACAGUGAACGGGACGACGAUGAUGAUGAUGAACAUUCCGCCGUGAAACCGAGCAAUAAAGAAUUGUUUGGUGAUGACAGUGAGGACGAAGCUGGCUCUCAGCACAGCGGUAGUUACAAUCGCUCAGAGAGAUCGGAUAAUCCGUCCGAAGGCAGCGUUCACUCCGAUCAGGGAAACGAUCAGUCGGAUGCUGAACAGCAUAGCGGUUCUGAAAAUGAUCACGAUGAAGACAACAAGGAAGAUGGGGGGCACAAAUCCGAUCACAGUAGCCGUCACUCAGAUGCUGAAGGCUCAGAAAAAGAAGCUCAUUCUGAGGAUGAAAAGUGGGCCAGGGAUGAUAAAAGUGAUCAAUCGGACGAAGAGGAAAAAAUGCAGAACUCAGAUGAUGAGGUCCAACAUUCCGAUGAGGAUGGUAACCGAUCAGAUGACGAGAUAACCAGGCAGUCUGAUGGAGAAGACCGUGAAAAAGACCACUCUGAUGGUGAAGAUCACAGGCAGCAGCAUUCAGAUGAUGAGGACAAUGAACACAGACGAUCUGAUUAUGAGAGGCAGCACUCUGAUGGAGACGACCAUCAGCGAUCAGAUGAAGAGGAGCUAAAGAUUCAACAUUCAGAUGAUGAAAUGGAGCGACAGAGAUCAGAUGACGAGCGACAGCACUCGGAUGAUGAAGAUCGGGAGCACAGACAGUCAGACGAUGAACCACGUCAACAUUCAGAUGAUGAAGAAAUUGAGCGCCAUCGAUCAGACGAUGAGCCACAGCAUUCUGAUGGUGAAGAACAAGAGCACAAAUCAGUGUCUGGUAAAGGAAGUGAUAGUGAAGAGGAGAUUGUUCAUAGGAGGCAUAAGAAGGCAAUCGCGUCCGACUCUGAUGAUAGUGAUGCAGAAGGCGGUAAAGGGGAGAAAAAAGAAGAAGCUGCUGAUCUCUUUGGUGAUGCGGAUGACAUUUCUUCUAGUGAUGGAGAAGGAAAGCCUCCCACGCCUGGACAGCCCAUGGAUGAGGAUGGAUUAGAUCGAGACCAGCCAGAGGAAGAACCUGCUCCUGAAACCAGAAUAGAAGUAGAGAUCCCCAAAGUGAACACAGAUCUCGGGAAUGACUUGUAUUUUGUCAAGCUUCCCAACUUUCUCAGUGUGGAGCCCAGACCCUUUGACCCUCAAUAUUAUGAAGAUGAAUUUGAGGAUGAAGAGAUGUUGGAUGAAGAGGGUAGAACUAGGCUGAAAUUGAAGGUUGAAAACACAAUCCGAUGGAGGACACGCCGGGAUGAAGAAGGGAAUGAUGUCAGAGAGAGUAAUGCCCGUAUUGUUAAAUGGUCUGAUGGCAGCAUGUCCUUACACUUGGGAAAUGAAGUUUUUGAUGUAUACAAAGCUCCACUGCAAGGGGACCACAACCAUCUCUUUAUCAGACAAGGAACAGGUUUACAGGGGCAGGCUGUAUUCAAAACCAAGCUUACAUUCAGGCCUCAUUCAACAGACAGUGCCACUCACAGGAAGAUGACACUGUCUCUGGCUGACAGGUGCUCUAAGACUCAGAAGAUCAGAAUACUUCCAAUGGCAGGACGUGAUCCUGAGUCUCAAAGAACUGAAAUGAUUAAGAAAGAAGAAGAGAGAUUGAGAGCCUCAAUCCGCAGAGAGUCUCAACAGCGCAGAGUAAAGGAGAAGCAGCACCAGCGUGGACUGAGCGCCAACUACCUGGAGCCUGAUCGCUAUGAUGAUGAGGAGGAAGGGGAUGAGUCUAUAAGCUUGGCAGCCAUUAAAAAUAGAUACAAAGGAGGAAGAGAGGAGCGUGCUCGCAUCUAUUCAUCGGACAGUGAUGAAGGCUCAGAUGAGGAUAAAGCUCAGAGGUUACUCAAGGCAAAGAAACUGAACAGUGAUGAAGAGGAAGGUGAACCUUCAAAUAAAAGAAAAGCAGACGAUGAAGACAAAGCAAAUAAGAAACCUAAGAAAUAUGUAGUUAGUGAUGAAGACGACGAGGAUGAGGAAUUGUAAUAUGUGUAUAUACUUUUUUUUUUUUUUUUUUAUCUGUACACUGUAGGUAAUAUUUUUGAAUUUGUCAAUCCUGUAACGGUCCCCCCCCCCCUUUUUUUUUUUUUUUUUUUUGCCCCCUGAUCCCAAUAAAUACAUUGUAGUAAUGUAUUCGCCAAUGUAUGCCUUCAGACAUUUCUGAUUCUAAGGAUUAACGCCUAUGCAAGACUAGUGGAUGGGUUUAUAUAAGUGGUGAUGCCACAACUUUCACACCUCCCAACCUGUUCUUGGAUAAUCUGCAUCUGACUUGGUGAUUGGAUUAGGAGAGGACUCUGUGGAUAUAAACGAUGGGUCUCUUCCCGACUCUCAUUAGAACUGAAGAAGUGGCUUGAUUAAGCUGCAAAACUUCUUCAGGAUUUCAGAACAAGUCCAGUUGAAUGUGGCUAGCGUCUAGUGUUUUCUUGGUUACCUUUUGUAAUAUGUGCAACACUAGUUUAUUGAAUGAAUUUGUGAAAUGUUGUUUUAAUGCUCCACACCAUUACGGCCUAGUUCAAACCCAAUCCCUAACACUAAAUCUGAACUAGUUUGAGGUCUAAGCAAUAAAACCUGUGUUCAUUUAUAAAUAAGAAAACUAAGACAGACCUGCAAUAGAUGCUGCGGUAAUGGAAAUUAACCUGACUUGGUUCUUGCCAAACCACUCAAAUGCUCUGACAUUACCUUUAAACCAAUACAUCUUAGUGCUGGAAAAACGGGUCUUAUGAGUAACGCUUUCAGAAUUCUAAAGGAGUUUCACAAACACCCUAAAGCUUUCUAUAAUGAGACUUCAAAGCUUCUGUGGAUACAUUUUUGGCGGACCUAGGCCUACUUCCUAUACCAUGCUGGUCACAACCCCAGAAGUUAAAGGAACCAUUAAAACCCUGGAAUCGGGGAUAAGACUGAGGGCUGAUUGCUUCAUAGCCCAAUAUUAAACCAUUUUUACACAUA